AUGGCGGCUUCUGGAGCACUUUCUUCUGCUCCAUCCCUUUUUCACACCAACGAUGACGGAGAUGCAGGAAUAGAGAGUCAUUCCUUUCAGCCACAGAAGCUAGCCGAAGCGGAGUUCGUCGAAUUCGACCCAGGUAGACAUCUCAAUUUUACUCCUCCUUCGAAGGUCUAUACCAUGGCAGAGCUCGGGUACCCAGAGCGUCGUGGUAUUUCUCCUGUUGGCGUCUCCGAACCCUUCACUAUGUUCUCUGCCGAGGCCAUUCAAAUUAUGAGAAAGGAAGCCCUUGGAGAGGAAGUCUUCGCCAAGUAUCACUUCUCCAGCGAUCUUGCAAAAGGCCAACUCAGAGGCUAUGCUGCAGGGUGUGCCCCGUUUGUGUACGAUGCCUGGAAGCAUCCUCAGACUCUCGCUAUUGUUUCUCAAAUUGCCGGCGUCGAUCUGGUUCCCGUUAUGGACUACGAGAUAGGACAUAUCAACAUUUCCGUCCAGAGCGAGGGGGACAAAGCCAAAUUUCUCGCAGCAGUGGCGGGGAAGGACAGUCAAGACGCCCGCAAGAAUGUUUCUGACGGCUCUUGGGAAGAUAAGGAUGCGAUCGUGGAUUGGCACACUGACGGCUAUCACUUUGUCUGCGUGGUGAUGCUCUCCGACUGCAAGGGCAUGAUUGGGGGAGAGACAGAGCUGCGAAAAGGCAACGGCGAAACGAUCAAGAUCCGGGGCCCCCAGAUGGGUUCGGCAGUAAUCCUCCAGGGACGGUACAUCGAACAUCGAGCCCUUCGUGCUCUGGGAAUGACCGAGCGGAUCACCAUGGUGACCUCCUUUCGUCCACGGUCUCCGGCGAUUCCCGACCACACGGUACUGACUACUAUCAGACCGAUUUCUGACCUUGGCGAGUUGUAUCAUCAGUUUGCAGAAUACCGCUUUGAGAUUCUCGAAGAUCGUCUCAGGGGAGUCAACAAGUACAUGCAGGACCGGAAGCGUGCAAACCGCCGCUUCAACACGGGAUACCUGAAGCAGUUCAUUCGUGAACAGAUCGAAUUCUUGGAGCACAUGGACCGAGAGAUCGUUGAAGAUGACAAGGUCAUCAAAGGCGUGACUGGCGACAGCCACCUCAUUUCAGAAGAUCUGAAGCUGAAGCACUCCAAGAAACGUAAGCUCUCUGCGGCAGAGUAG